UCAACUUGAUUUUCCUAAAAAGGAAGAGGUAUUGAUGGCAUCUCAUAGCACUUCUCCAAUGAUAGAUUUUCAUUCCUUGCCUGUGAUGGAAAAUAGGAACACAAAUUCAACACAUGGUCCUGAGUUAUGUCUAGCAAUGGGAUUAAAUAUGUACAAACAAUCACAAAUUGCACACAUGGAGAGGAAGCCAGACAUGGAAUUUGAGAUGGCCAAAGAUGUUGAUUGUAAGCAAGAACAACAUAAACUGAAGGACAGAAAAGAAACAGGAGAAGGUCUUGCAUUCUGGCCAAAUUUAUCAAGAGUACCAGCAGCCAACAAGGGCCCAAAUUGGUUGGAAGCUGCCAUAUGUUCCUCCAAACCCAGUUUCAUGGAAACUUCUUCUUCUAGUGGAAAGAGUUCAGAAGUUGCAACUCAAAAAACAUGGAAGAGGUGUGCAGUUCAUGUUCACAUCAGCCAUAUCAUCCACAAGUUGGAGGUUUUGAAAAGAGGAGUUGUUGUUGAACAACAACCUAAGCUUCAUGAAUUUCAUCAUCAAAUGAGAUCACACGAUGAAGGGUCAAAGAAUGGAGUUCUUAUGGAAGUACCCAACUUCAAUGGGAUGAGAAAUAAUGGAGUUACUUCUUCUUCUGCACCUGUGACAUGUCAAGUUGAAAAUUUGAGGAACCCCCAUCAAAGUAAGAAUGGUUUUCUUCAACAACAAUGCCAUUACCGCGACAUACAACAUGCCAUUCCAACGCCAUUUGCGGCAUAUGGCCCUCAGAAACAAAGUUUCAACUUCUUGUCCUUGUCAAGUGGAAGUAAUGGGUUAAAGGUGGACAAUAGUUAUGAUAAGAUUGGAACUAGGUUGGAAGCAUUGUCAAAGUUGCAACAAGUGCCUUAUUUUCAGACACUAUCACAGCAGAAUGGGCUCAUGUCAAUUCCUACAACACCUCAAAGUCAAUAUGCAUCAGCUUCUUACCUUGAUCAGCUUCCUGUCUCAGGACCACAGGUUCGGCUGCAGCAACCUCAUUAUUAUGGUAACCCGUUAUGUGGAACUCAUUAUGGUUCUUCAACGGUAUCAAAUAAACAACAGUACCAACAAAACUUUUGGGCAGUGCAAUUAGCAGCACAAGGUGGGUCGGCGGCAAAUAGCAACAUUAUGAGGACUCAAUAUCCUAAUUCGCAAAGUGGAAGACAUGAAUAUGCAUUGAGUCAAUGUGCACAAGCCAUUCUUCCUCGUUCCCCUGCAUCACUUGAAGCACUUGGAUCCAAGAUUACUUCAAUCUCUGCCCAACAACAACAGCUCAUUGCUUCUAUACAGGAAAAAUGGGCUAGACCUUCUUCGUCUCCCUUCUGUAAGUGAAGAAAUUUGAGAGAAACUCCCAAGUAGGGCAUGUUUAUGGUGCGAUUUGGAAAAAUCAAACCAAUCCAAUUAUAGCUUACAACCUCCAAGGUUUAUGUACUACACACUUGCGGAUUUUGAUCAAUGAUAACACAAAUUGUAGCAAGAACUAAAAGGAUCUCACUAACUUUUCAGAUGCUUAUGUUAUAAUUCUUUAGUUAUUA